AUUUUCUGAAGUAAUGGACCACAUGAAAGCUCAGAAGUCUUUAUAAUUUAACCAAUAAUGAUAUAUGCAAGAACAUGGCGAAUUAAUCUACUAUAUAUGUUGUAUGUUGACCAUUUUGCAUGUGUACCAUAAAGCUUUUUCUUUCAGUUUUGAUAUUUUUUCAGCUCAAAAAGUAGACGAAGACAACAUUUUUUCAGUUCUGAUGUUUUUUCAGCUGAGUCAGUGAAAACAAAGUAGAAGAAGACAAGAUUGUUGAUAAAGGGUCAGUGUGAAAGUUAUCUGUUUCACUGUUUGAGCUAGCCAAAGAAUCUUGUUAUAUAAAUGGAGGAAAGACAGAAAAAAGGCAGUUUGGUUUUUGCAGUUAAUGGAGAGAGGUUUGAGUUGCCAUGUAUUGAUCCUUCUACAACUUUGCUUCAGUUCUUGCGCUCUGGCACUUGUUUCAAGAGUCCAAAACUUGGUUGUGGCGAAGGUGGUUGUGGGGCUUGUGUUGUUCUUGUAUCGAAGUAUGAUUCGAAGCUUAAAAAGGUCGAAGAUUUUAGCGUGAGUUCGUGCCUUACACUUCUUUGCAGUUUAAAUGGUUGUUCAAUUACUACUAGUGAAGGCCUUGGGAACACCAGAGACGGUUUCCACUCUAUUCAUGAAAGAUUCGCCGGUUUCCAUGCUUCUCAAUGCGGCUUUUGCACUCCCGGCAUGUGUAUGUCAUUUUUCUCAGCUCUUGUCAAUGCUGAAAAAGGAAACAAGCCGGAUCCUCCACCAGGAUUCUCUAAGCUUACUUCAUCCGAAGCUGAAAAGGCCAUAGCGGGGAACCUUUGUCGGUGCACUGGAUACCGUCCCAUUGCUGAUGCCUGCAAGACUUUUGCUGCUGAUAUUGAUAUAGAGGAUUUGGGGUUCAAUUCUUUUUGGAAAAAGGGAGAUUCCAAGGAACUGAAAGUAAGUAAAUUACCUCCCUAUUAUCCAACCAAGAAUUUUUGUACAUAUCCCGAGUUCUUGAAAAGUGAAUCAGCCACGAAUUUGGACUCCUCAAAGUACCCUUGGUACAGUCCUGUUUCCCUUGAGGAGCUACGGAGCUUGUUGAACUCCAAUGUGACGGAAAACGGUGCAAAUUUUAAACUAGUCGUUGGUAAUACCGGCACGGGUUAUUAUAAGGAAACUCAGCGAUAUGAUCAUUACGUUGAUCUCAGGUACAUUCCUGAACUCUCAAUCAUCAAAAGUGAUCAGACUGGCAUUGAAGUCGGAGCAACUGUGACUAUCUCUAAACUCAUUUCGUUCUUGAAAGACGAAAACAAAGUCGAUUCGGGUUCAUAUGGGAAGUUGGUGUCCCAAAAGCUAGCUUACCACAUGGAGAAGAUCGCUACACCGUUUGUCAGAAACUCUGCUAGCGUGGGAGGAAAUUUGGUUAUGGCACAGAAGAACGGUUUUCCUUCAGAUAUUGCUACAUUAUUUCUCGGGCUUUGUGCUAGCGUUAGCUUGAUGACCAGUCAUGGACUUGAAAAGCUCACAUGGGAGGAAUUAUUAUCGAGACCACCACUAGAAUUGAAGACUGUGCUUCUUAGUGUUUCAGUCCCAUUUAAGAAAGAUUUAAAUUCUAAAUUUUUGUUUGAAACUUAUCGAGCUGCUCCACGACCUCACGGGAAUGCUUUGGCAUAUGUAAAUGCUGCUUUCCAGGCUGAUGUUUCUCUCUGCCAGAAUGACGUCCUGAUAAACAAUAUCAAGUUGGCGUUCGGUGCUUAUGGCACAAAACAUGCAACAAGGGCUAAAAAGGUGGAGGAAUAUCUAACCGGGAAGAUAUUAAACGUACAUGUUUUAUAUGAAGCACUUAAAUUAGUCAAACUAGAAGUGGUACCGGAAGAUGGCACUUUACACCCGGAGUACAGAUCAAGUUUGGCCGUCUGUUAUGUUUUCGAGUUUCUUUAUCCCUUCACUGAUGUUCAUUCUGCUAUUUCUGGUGGUUUGCUCGCUGGAAUUAAUGACAUCUCGGUUGAGAAAGUUUCCAAUAGUAGUAAGGAUGGUUGCAUCAGUCAGGGAAGAAAACAAACACUACUGUCUUCUGCUAAGCAGGUUGUGGAAUCAAGUACCGAGUACUGUCCAGUAGGUAAACCGAUGAAGAAGGUUGGAGCUGCAAUGCAAGCUGCGGGUGAAGCUGUUUACGUAGAUGACAUUCCAUCACCACCAAACUGCCUGCAUGGAGCGUUUAUCUACAGUACAAAACCAUUAGCUGCUGUAAAGGGAAUCCAGCUUGAGUCUAAUCAGUUAACAGAAGGAGUCACCGACAUUAUUACUUAUAAAGAUAUCCCAAGUGGAGGGGCAAACGUAGGAGCUAUGUUACUCUUUGGUUCCGAGCCCUUAUUUGCAGACGACCUCGCCCGAUGUGCUGGUGAAAGAAUUGCAGUUGUGGUUGCUGACAGUCAGAGGUCUGCUGAUGCGGCUGCAAGAACGGCCCUUGUUCAAUACGACACUGCAAAUAUAGAUUCACCCAUUUUAACAGUUGAGGAAGCUGUUGAGAAAUCUAGCUUUAUCCAAAUCCCACCAUUUCUAUAUCCAAAACAGGUCGGCGAUUUCUCAGAAGGAAUGGCUGAAGCUGAUCACAAGAUUCUCUCUGCUGAGAUAAGGCUCGGUUCCGAGUACUAUUUUUAUAUGGAAACACAGGCCGCCCUUGCAAUUCCAGAUGAAGACAACUGCAUGGUUGUUUAUACUUCAAGCCAGUGCCCUGAAAAUGCGCAUCAGGUUAUUGCCAGUUGUCUUGGUGUUCCUCAACACAAUAUCCGUGUAAUUACUAGACGGGUUGGAGGUGGCUUCGGGGGCAAGGCAGUCAGAGCAAUGCCUGUCUCCACAGCCUGUGCACUUGCAGCAUACAAGUUAAGGCGACCUGUCAGGAUAUAUGUCAACCGGAACGCUGACAUGAUAAUGACAGGAGGUCGACACCCGAUGAAAGUAACGUACAGUGUAGGAUUUAAGUCAAGCGGAAAGAUUACAGCAUUGCAUCUUGAUAUAUUGAUAAAUGCCGGUAUCUCGGAAGAUAUAAGCCCUAUCCUACCAUCAAAUGUGAUUAAAGCACUGAAAAAAUAUGACUGGGGUGCCUUAUCUUUUGAUGUGAAAGUAUGCAAGACGAACCUUACCAGCAAAUCGGCUAUGCGUGCCCCUGGUGAGGUCCAAGGAUCUUAUAUUGCCGAAGCUAUAAUGGAGCACGUAUCGAGUUUACUAUCGAUGGAGGUGGACUGUGUGAGAAAUAAAAAUGUUCAUACAAUUGAAAGUCUUAAUUUUUUCUAUGAUAACAUUGUAACAGAAGUAGGAGAAUAUACAUUGCCUAGUAUCAUGGAGAAGUUGGCUGCAUCCUCGAGCUUUUCCCAAAGAAGCAAGAUGGUAGAACAGUUUAACCAAAAAAAUACAUGGAAGAAAAGGGGUAUUUCUCGAGUGCCAAUUGUGUAUGAAGCUAUGCAACGACCUACCCCGGGAAAAGUCAGUAUUUUGCUAGACGGAUCAAUUGUUGUAGAGGUUGGAGGGAUUGAAAUUGGCCAAGGACUGUGGACAAAGGUUAAACAGAUGACUGCCUAUGCUCUUGGUUUAAUUGAGAGUAGUUGGGCUGAAGACCUUGUCGAGAAAGUACGAGUCGUGCAAGCAGACACCUUAAGCGUAGUGCAAGGCGGGUUUACGGCAGGUAGCACUACGUCGGAAUCAAGCUGUGAAGCUGUUAGACUUUGCUGUAAUGUCUUAGUUGAAAGAUUGACCCCUCUGAAGAAACAGUUGCAGGAACAAAAUGGUUCUGUUGAUUGGCCAAUGCUGAUUCGCCAGGCACAAAUGCAGUCAGUAAAUUUAGCAGCAAAUUCUUAUUAUGUACCAGAAUCCGGUUCCAUGAGUUAUUUGAACUUCGGCGCUGCUGUCAGUGAGGUGGAGAUUGAUAUUCUGACUGGACAGACAACAAUUUUGCAGUCGGACCUUAUUUAUGACUGCGGGCAGAGUUUGAAUCCAGCCGUUGAUAUGGGACAGAUUGAAGGAGCUUUCGUACAAGGAAUAGGAUUUUUCAUGCACGAAGAAUAUCUUACAAACGAAGACGGCUUAAUGGUCUCGAAUAGCACUUGGGCAUACAAGAUCCCGACAAUUGACACCAUACCCCAGAAUUUCAAUGUUCAUGUGGUUAAUAGCGGACAUCAUGAAAAACGUAUUCUCUCGUCUAAAGCAUCUGGUGAACCGCCGCUGCUUCUAGCAGCUUCAGUCCAUUGUGCAACAAGAGCAGCCGUUAAAGCAGCACGAGAGCAGCUCAAACUUUGGGGCAAGCUCGACGGGUCCGUUUCAGAAUUCUAUCUGGAAGUACCUGCCGUAUUACCCGUUGUGAAGACACAGUGUGGCCUGAAUUAUGUGGAGAAAUUCUUGGAAAGUUUGCUGGCUCAGAAAUCUAACUAAAGGUGCUCAACAUGUCUCAAAAGAUAUUGAACUAGUUGCUCGAACUCUCCAAAAUGUUUCCACAUUUGUGUCGGUUCCGACAUGCACCCGAGAGCAUUUUGGAAGAGUCCGAGCAACAUAGAUACUGAAUACUUGUUUUCUUUAAAUUUUCUUAAAGAAUUUGAUUUGUUCUGUUUAUAGAAACUGUGUUAUUUAAAGUUUUUUUUUUUUUUUUGGUUAUUCUGUCUGUAUCAACCUCAUUGUAAAUUUAUUCGUAUAGCAGCAAAAAUGAUGAUGUAUUGAACUGAAUUAUGUAUGCUUAAUAGAGAAAUAAAGAGAGAAUUGUAAUGUAA